AUUUGAAAAAUGGACAAUGUAAUUGAUUAUCUAAAAUAUUAUCAUCCUGUGUAUUCAUCUUUCAACAUUGAUCAGGACCAGAAAAAUGAACUUAGUACGAAUACUCCGGCGGAAAUUAUCAGCACCAAUAUUCCUAUUAUUUUUAGUCGCUGUUCUCUGGUAUUCGAUUUUUAUGGUUGAAGACAUGGUCAAAUCAAGAGAAACUGAUGCUGAAAAUAUGGAUAUCUAUGAUGUUAAAUUGAGAAAAGCGAUCGAUGAAAAUACAGACAGACCGAUACGUGACCAUGUAAAACCUUUACAACCACCAGAUGACCAUGAUAAAAAUCCGGAAUCUCUUAAUUUUCAAAUAAACGACAAAAUGAAGGAACCAAAUUUUGAUAAACCAAUUGACAAUAUACAAGAUCAGAAUAUUGAUAUAGAUGAAAAUAAACAAGAAAGAAAUAAAAAAGACGAAAAAUUACAAAUAAAACCACCAUUGAAGGACCUUCCAAAAUUUGAUGUUCUUGUGAAGGAAGGAUUAGGAGAAAAUGGACAACCGGUCAACAUAAGUAAAGAUUCAUUAUCUCAAGAAGAAAAGAUGGACUAUAAAACUGGAUGGAAAAACAAUGCAUUCAACGAAUAUCUCAGCAACCGUAUAUCACUAGAUAGAACUUUGCAAGACCCUAGAGAUGAAAAGUGCAAACUUAUCAAAUAUCCCGAGAACCUACCCGACGUCAGUGUAAUCGUUACAUUCCACAACGAGGCUUGGUCUGUGCUCCUACGAUCCGUCCACAGUAUUAUCAACAGAACUCCUAAGCAUCUGCUCAGAGAAGUGAUAUUAGCAGACGACUGCUCCGAUAUGCCUCACUUAGCAGAACCAUUAGAAACAUAUUUAGAGGAUUAUCCAAAAGUAAAAAUUGUAAGAGCUACACAUAGGGAAGGUCUUAUCAGAGCAAGGUUGCGAGGAUAUAGAGCAGCAACAGGCACUGUGUUGGUAUUCUUAGAUUCUCACAUUGAAUGUGCUGAGGGCUGGAUUGAACCAAUGUUGGAUAGGAUAGCCAAAAACUGGACAAUCGUUGUUACACCUGUCAUUGAUGUUAUUAACGAUGAAACAUUUGGCUUCCAGUACCAAGAUGCAAAAGCUACUAAUGUCGGGGGAUUUGAUUGGAAUAUGGUUUUCACGUGGCAUGGUAUACCUGAAGAAGAAAGGAAACGAAGAAAUUACGAAGAUCAUACACCGGUUAGGUCACCAACAAUGGCUGGUGGAUUAUUUGCAAUCAGCCAUGCCUACUUUACUUACAUUGGCACGUACGAUGAUGGGAUGGAUAUAUGGGGAGGCGAAAAUCUAGAAAUAUCAUUUAGAAUAUGGAUGUGUGGUGGUACGUUAGAAACAACGCCAUGUUCUCAUGUCGGACAUAUAUUCAGGAAACGGUCCCCUUACAAAUGGAGAUCAAACGUUAAUGUGUUGUUGAAAAAUAAUGUCCGUUUAUGUGAAGUAUGGCUUGAUGAUUAUAAAGAAUACUAUUACGACAGAAUAGGCCAUAAUUUGGGAGAUUAUGGUAAUAUAAGUUCAAGGGUUGAAUUACGGAAGAAAUUGAAAUGCAAAAGUUUUGAAUGGUUCCUAAAAAAUAUUUAUCCUGAAAUGUGGGUACCAGGUGAAUCAAUGGCAUAUGGACAGAUAGCAGCAAAGACUGGACCUUACUGCCUAUCAGGCCAUUGUGAUUAUGGACAAACAGGGAAGCCCCUUUCAAUGAAAAAUUGUUCAAUCGCACCCGAUCUAUGGUAUUUGACUACAGCCAAAGAAAUACGACGGGACUAUGGUUGUUUUGAUUACAGUGGUAACAUUGAUAUACAAGUGCAAUCGUGUCACCAGAUGGGAGGUAACCAGGCAUGGGAGUUUCGAGAGGAUAAUACACUAUAUCACGUGAUGUCAAAGAAGUGCCUUGAAAUAUCACAAGAUGGACAAAAAUUAUUUAUGAACACCUGUUUGGGAACAGAUUAUCAAAUUUGGCUUUGGAAUAGAAGUAGGCCUAAAGGAGCAACAAGGAACUGGAAUUCAAGAGAUUAAUUUCCUAGAAUAACAUGUUAAAUAUUCAAGUGACAUGCAGCUUAAUAAUAUAACAGAGAUAUAUAUAUAUAUAGUGUUGUGAUAUCAUUAUUAACCUACAAAUUACAUGUAACAUGGAAUCUAAUGGAAUCUCCAUUGUAUAACUGUCCAUAUUCGGGAAACCAUUUAUAUUAUUGUAUUACUCAGAAUUGUUUUAAAACGAUCAUAUCAAGUGCAUGCACUGCAGUUUGGGAGUUAAUGUUGAUUUUAGAAAGAUGUACAUCAUCUCUAUCUCUUCAAAUUGUGAUGUGCUACAACGGUGUGCACCAUCUCUUUGUAAUUUGUUCACAAAGGUGUAGACCACCUCUUGUGAUUUGUUCACAAAAGUGUACACCAUUUCCUUGUUAUUUGUUCACAAUGGUAAAUGCCAGCUCUUUUUUUUUUGAUUAUUUACAAAUGUGUGCACCAUUCCUUUGUUAUUUGUUUACAAAGGUGGGGACUACACUUUUGUGAUUGGUUUACAAAGAUACGCAAGAUCCCCUUGAGAUUGGUUUACACAGGUGUGCACCAUUUGUUUUUUAACGGUUUUCAAAAGUGUCUAAUCUUUGUGAUUUGUAAACAAAGGUGUACACCACCUCAUUGUGACUGGUUUACAGAAGUGUACACCAUCUCCUUUUUGUUUGCUUACAAAGAUGUUGAGCAUCAUUCAGUGAUUUGUUUUCAAAGGUGUGAACCAUCUCUUUGUGAUUUGUAUACAACGUCCCUUUUAGUACCCAUUGAACAAACGGCGUCGAGUUGCUUUUGAUUUAUUGUAUAAUCCAAGAAAGCGAUAGCUGUCUUAUGAAUUCCGAAAAGAACAUUACACAAAAUUAAAAUAUCAUUUCUGAAGUGAUGACAGUAAAAUCAAAAUAACAACUUUGUACUUAAUUCAAAACCUAUCAAAUAUCUUAUAACAAUACCAAAUCAAAUGGAUUAGUUAGUUUGAAUUCACGGUUUUCUACUCAUUUUCUACUCUGUAUACAAGUGAGAGAGUGUCUUAAUGUUUGUAAAAGUGUGUUCAUGUUGUUUGUUUUUGUAAUUGUCUUUAUGUUUUGUUGUUCCAUGUUAAAGUUAAGAAAAACCAUAUAUGUUUAUCAUUAAAUCAUGUUAUCUAUUAAAUUAUUUUGGACUGUU